AAGUGUAUAUGCUUUAUGUAAAAUUCUGUGAACAAUGAAACGGUGUUUUGAAUCUUUAGAUAUCAAAUUUCCUUAUAGAAGAGCUUUUUUUUUUUAGGAAAAUUGAGCUAAACACAAGCUAAAAUACGUAACUUUUAGUCACUUAAUGUUGUGCAAAUGAUCAUAUAAGACAAGAAUAGGCCUACAUUUUGAGUAGGCCCAUGUCUAAUUUUGAAGUCAAGAUGUUAAAAUGCAUACUAUAUUAAUAACCUAAUAAAACAGUAGACAUUGAGCAGACAUUACCAUGAUCAUAGGAAAGGUGUGAGUGAGAUACAGGAAAUACUUUGUCUUUAAAACCAAGAAAAAACAUGACAUCCUCUAAGAAGUAUCACACACGACCACCUGCUGGCAUGUGACAACAGCAUAUUUUUCAGAGAUGUCAGAGUUGCUUUGCUGUCAAAUUGACCCCAGACAUUACAUGAGAAUAAGCAGUUAAAGGGAUGGAAAUGUAUAAAAAUUGGGACAGUUGCAGUGAGAGAGGCAAACUGCAGAAAGAUCAGAUUUGUGAAAUACCGGAUUCAAUACCCUACCAACAGCAAAACACAACGAUAAUUUCUGUCCUGGGGAAAUGGGGAGCGGACUGGAACCAGAUCAAGAAGCUUUGCUUUCAAAUGAAAGUACACCAAACAUUUCAACCACAGAUUCAAACUUGUGCAACAGCCUACAAUGCUACAUGGUCCUGAGCGAACCAGAGAAGAACGCUAUUGGCUCAAUUUGCUUUCUAGCUGGUCCCGUGACUUUCCUGGAGAACAUUUUGGUCCUGGUGGUCAUUGCAAGCUCCACCAAUCUGCGCAGACGGCCAUCAUACCUGUUUAUCAGCAGCUUGGCUUUGGCUGACACUUUAGCCAGCUGUUUCUUCACCAUAAGUUUUCUAGAUUUCCAUCUUUAUAGUAAAGGCGACAUCGCUAAUAUCUAUCUGUUCAAGCUGGGUGGCGUCACAAUGGCCUUCACAGGCUCUGUGGGAAGUCUAUUGCUGACAGCGCUGGACCGUUAUCUCUGCUUCUACCAGGCUUCCAAUUACAAGGUGCUAUUGACACGCACUAGGGCCAAGCUGGCUAUAGUAUUAUUAUGGUGUGUAACAAUUAUAAUUUCACUCCUUCCUCUGAUGGGUUGGAGGUGCAAAACCAGGUUGGAUCCUCCAUGUUCCCGUCUUUUCCCCUUUGUGGAUCAUUACUACCUGGCAUUCUGGACAGGCCUGCAACUUGUGGUGCUCUUCCUUAUCACAGUGGCUUAUGUCCUCAUCCUGUGGAAAGCAAACCGGCAUGAAGCAGCAAUGGGUGUACCAAAGUUGGGGAGGCAGAGCAUAAAAGGACAGACUCGAAUGCGAAUGGACAUUCAUCUCGCACGUACCUUCAGUCUGAUCCUCCUGAUCCUCGCGGUUUGUUGGCUGCCUGUCCUGUCCAUUAUGAUGGUGGAUGUCAUGGUGACCCUUGAGAAAAUACAACAGCGAAUAUUCGCUUUCUGUAGCACGCUCUGCCUGGUGAACUCAUGUGUAAACCCGCUCCUAUACGCCCUACGUUGCCGAGAGCUGAGGGGAGAACUGUUAGCACUGUUCAGAUGUUGCAGGGAACAUACUUUUGGAAAAGCUUACAGCCAAAGAAAUGAAAAUAAUUCUGGCAAAAAGAAAAAGGAUCAGACAGUAAGUGAUAGUAAUCCAGAUACUAUCUCUGAGAGUGUAGACAACCAGCAAAACAGCAUACAAAUGUUAUGAAGUCUUAUUUAUUUGUAAAAUAUUUUGGUCAUCAUUUUCAUCCAUUUUGCUGAAAUGUAUACUUUAUUAUGCCUUGCCGUUACAUUGCUUGAGGUAAGAAUUUGUAGGCUAUCAAAUAAAUUACAGUGUUAAGUGUGGGAAAUAUGAAAAUAUGAAAUGAAUUCUAAUAAGAACUUUAACAUGUUUAUAAAUUAAGGGAACAUACAAUAGGUCAGUGUGUAUAGUAAUAUUGUGAUCAGCUUUUGAUGUAUAAUGCUGUUUCUCUAAACCAUUUUCUUCAGGAGUGAAAUGACCUACUAAACACACUCAGAACAGCUGACUCAACAGCUACAUUUUGACCCAAGCAUAAACGAUGCCAAAAUAUAUAUAGAUUACACUGUGAAACAAAAUACCUUUAGCAUUUUUGAUGACUACUGGCAAAAACAUCACCUCCGCUUUGGAUAGAUUGUACAUUAUGCUUUGUAGUACAUUCUGUAAUACACACUUCAUCUCUGCCUUCAUCACAUUUCUUGGCUGUAUGUCUUACUAUAUCACGAAGAGUAAUUGUUAUGAUACAAUAAGCAUAUUGUAUGUUGCUUUGUUAAGAAAGAGUCUGUUAAUAAAGCAAAAUGCAAUGUCA